GAGUCGCACUGUGACGUGGAAAUAAACAAUAAACACCAGGAAAAUAACAAAAAUAGCGAAUGAGCAGCAGAUGAGCAGCCUCUGACAAGUAUACAUCUAGACCGCGGCCGAAAGUUUUAUAAAUUGCCAAAAUUUUUCAUUUUUUAAUCACUUGUAACGAUUUCAUCAUCACCUAAACCGCAUGCGAGGCAAAUUGCUGCUCCACGUCGCUCUGCUUCCACGUUUUAUUUUAAUUCCUCCAGUUAAGAGUUUUUCCAGCAGAACGAUGGCAAGCCACCAGAAAAUAAUUUGUCUGUUUGACGUUGACGGAACAUUAACAGCACCCCGAAAGGUUAUAACCAAAGAAAUGGAAACGUUUCUGUUUGAAAAAGUGAAAUCGAAGUGUGACAUUGGUCUCGUUGGAGGCUCCGACCUGAGCAAAAUCGCAGAACAAACUGGAGGACCAAAAAUUGUGAAUAAGUGCAACUUUCUGUUUGCCGAGAAUGGUUUGGUUGCUUACAAAAAUGGAAAUCAAGUUGGCUGUGAGUCAAUCCAACACUAUGUUGGAGAAGAAAAACUGCAACGGUUCAUCAACUUUUCCCUGCGCUAUAUGUCUGAAAUAGAACUCCCUGUCAAAAGAGGCACCUUUAUUGAGUUCCGCAAUGGACUGAUCAACGUUUGUCCGGUGGGGAGAAGUUGCAGCCAAGCCGAGAGGGACCAGUUCGCAGAGUACGACGCUGUCCAUAACAUCAGGAAGAAGUUUGUCGAAGCUCUUCGUGCUCAGUUUUCUGACUUGGGUCUUGCUUACAGCAUUGGUGGACAAAUAAGCUUCGACGUUUUUCCGGAGGGUUGGGACAAGACAUACUGCCUGAAGUACAUUGUCCCUGAAAAGUAUGACGAGAUCCACUUCUUCGGUGACAAGACCGACGCUGGAGGUAAUGAUCACGAAAUUUACAACCAUGAAAAGGUAAUUGGGCACAAAGUCACAUCUCCCGACGACACAAAAAAUCAGCUGUCGGAACUUUUUAACAUUGUGUGAUUUGACUUUUGAAUUGGUGCGUUUUCUGCAUCAUAUUUAUUUUGUUUUAAUUGAUUUUAAAAAUCCAGUCAAACCUUUUUUCAUAAGGUUACAUGUUUCAUUCCAAGUUUGUUACAUGGUUUUAAAAUAUUUUAUGAUUCAAACAACCAAUAUUAUUAUGUUUUAAAUUUUAAUAAAAUUACCAGUUU